UCCGGGCGCGACGUAGCAAAAGAAGACAAACCCCAGACAGAAGGCGAGACCUGUACAGAGGAGAGACCUCUCUCUGUCCUAUCCAGAAAAUCUUCGCCCGAAAGCGUAGUCCCAUGGCGUUUCUCCGCCUUCACUCCCCAUCCCUCCCAUCUCUGCACACACCAACCAUUACUUCGUCGUCGUCGUCGCCGUCGUCGCGAUCUCACGUCUCAAUACCAACAUCAUCUGCGCGCAUUCCGUCCAGCUUAAGCGCUGCGAUCUCUGUUCUCCGCUCGAAGUCUCUGAAUUUCCUGCUCUCGGGCACUCUCGCUCUCGGGCUAUCUCUCACGGGGGCGGUUGGGUUUGCGGAGGCGAAGGUUGGGGUCAACAAGCCGGAAUUGCUUCCCAAAGAGUACACGCCCGUCAUCGAUGUCGCUGGAUUCCUCUCUGAUGGUCAGGAGAAAAGAUUGGCACAAGAGAUUGCUGAUAUUGAAAAGGAUACUGGAUUUAAGCUGAGAGUUCUAGCCCAGAAUUACCCCGAUACACCAGGGUUGGCAAUCAAAGAUUUCUGGAGCGUGGAUGAUCGAACGAUUGUCUUUGUAGCUGACCCAACUUUUGGUAACAUCAUAAAUUUCAAUGUUGGAGCUUCCGUUGAUUUAGACAUUCCGCGUAGCUUUUGGAGUCGUUUGGCCGGAAAAUAUGGAAAUAUCUUUUAUUGGAAAGAGAAGGGAGAAGACGCAUCUAUUGAAGCUGCUGUGAUGGCAAUAUCUAAUUGCUUGAAGGAACCUGUGGGUCCAAAUAACUGUUCUGAGGGGCAUAUGAUGGAUUGAACCGCUCAUAUGAAGCAUCCAGAUUUCAUGUAACCUUGUCCAAAAACAGUUAAAGUCAAGCUUUUGAGGGACAGUUUGGAGAAGCAACUUCUCUGCUUUGGCCUUUAUGGGUUGCAGACUUGAAGUUUCAUAUAAUAUUAACCAGGAGCUCCGAUUCAGUACACCAAAAGAAAGAAAGAGCAGACAAACUUAGGCAUUUCAUCGUGAUUCCUACCAUGGAUUCUUUUAGGCUGGGCACGGGAGAGUAGCUGAUCAUACUUCUUAUGCUUUUGUUCCUGGGUCCUCUCUUCUGCAUUUGCUUUGUUCACAGUCUCAACAACAGCUGAUUUCUCGGAGAGAGUGUCAAUAUUCAAGUCCUUGGUACCUGAUGGAUCAAAUGCAAGAGCAAGUAGAAGAUAAGCUCUUAAGACAUAAGAUUUGAGAGUCGGGUUUGGACGAAUUAUGUUGCAAAUUGGACACUGCAUAAUGUUUAGGACAUAAAGGAACCAUUACGUUGAGACUAGGUACUCAUAGAAAAAAGGAGAAAAAUGUGUGAGAAUACAUGUGAAGUACUAGGGAAUUUCUCUAAGUUUUAGGAUCAUGAUUGGUUAAUCCACCAGGUGUGUUGUUGGAGCAAUGUUGGAUUUGCGUUAACUGCUUGUAUCACGUGAAAGAUACUAGUGACAUACCCGUGCAACGUGGACUUGGGUUAACACACUAUACAUUUAUCAAUUAGUUAAUAAAUUUUCUUGUGGAAAGCUCUAUUAGUAUGGAAUUUUAGUGGGAGAGACAACUCGAGGUUAGAAUUUGAGGCCAAAUUUAUCGUAACUUAAUCUACAUGAUGACGACCAUAUUAAAUAUAAGACAUCAUUUUUAACCCAUCAUCUGCUUUUUUUUUUUUUCAUUUUCAAAUCUCUCUCUCUCUCUCUCUCUCUCUCUCUCUCUCACUAAUAUACAUCAGCAUCUUCUAGCAGUUAAGACUUUUAGCUUGUAAACUGAACUCUUAAAAAGUGAGUCUAUAAUAAAAUUGUGAGUUGAGACCAAAACAUCUCAGAAUAGCUCCAAGGCAGAGUGGAUGUUUGCGAUGGUGUGCGUGAGUGUUUCUCUGCAAUUGCUUUAGCUUUUUUAGGGUGCUUUUGGCUCUCUUAAGAUAUUACAGCUGUAGGAAGCAAAAGCAUUUGGAGUUCUGGGAGCAAUUCAAAAGCCACACUGAUGCGCUCUACGAAGCACCUACAUGCUUUUGGAGCUUUUGGUGUGCGGUUGGUUUUAGACUGCAAAGUUAUAGGCACCCACAAUUUGUCACAACCCGAGGCUAGAAGGAACUGCAACAGUCCCAAGUAAGCUCUUAAAUAGCUGGUUACUUUCGUUUAGAAGAGAACUUACCUUUUAUUUUCUCCUUUUUACACUUGCUAGAAAAGAGAAGCCGAUAAUGUUAAUGUGAUAUAUAUAAAUCGCAAGAUAAGAUAUUGUUGCUGAAUAUGUGCACGGCUAUCAGAGAAUCUAAUGCAAUCAGAAUGUGAGCCUUUUUUUUUUAUCAGAAAUAUGAGCCCCGUUGAGAUCAAGGAAACUUGCUGAUUCAGCAAAUUAACAGCAAACAUUUUGUGGCAAACAAUCCUUUUACCUUGUGUUCGGGUAGCAACCUUCUCUACUUUGCUAAGUCCUCCACCUCUACCCCUUGAUAAUCUGCCGAGUAUCUUGCUGUUCUUCUUGGCACUGGAGCUAGUGGCUUUUCCAGGUUUGCCAGUUGGUUCCUGCCAAAACAAGGAAGAAAAGUAUAUCCAUGCAUUACAAGAGUAUUAUUCUGUUGGAGUUAAUGAAGAGAUCUCUCUUCAUAUGUACACGUUGACCUUAUUAGAUGGAAUUUCCUUUCUUACUAUGUCUUGUGGUUUUCAUUGAGUUUGGUGUGAGAUCAGUUGGAAUUUAGCUUAGUUGCCUAGUUUUAUUGAAUUCCCAACGAAUAUGAGAGCAAAAGCAGAACUACUUUAC